AUGGUGGCCUCCUCCAUGGCCGGGCCCUCUGCUUCCCACACACCCCAUUCAGUUAACCGCCCGUCCCGGUCCCCUUGUCCCAGCUUAACCACCUCUCUGGCCACGCUUGUACUUCUAUCAGUUAUCCCAGCAGAUGGCCCGUAUUUAUGGGGAGCAACGAUUGUGCAACAAGGGCAAGAGAAAGCAAAAUGCAGCAAAGAGGAGCCUGAGGAGAUGCCCCCUCCGGAGCGGUGUGACAGUGAGCUCACAAUUGUGCAACAAGGGCAAGAGAAAGCAAAAUGCAGCAAAGAGGAGCCUGAGGAGAUGCCCCCUCCGGAGCGGUGUGACAGGUCAGAUGAUAAAAAGAAGCCCCAUGCCACCAUUGCUGAGAUCAAGAACCUCUUCACCAAGACCCAUCCACAGUGGUACCCUGCCCACCAGUCCCUCCGCCUGGACCCCAAGGGCAAGUCCCUGAAGGAUGAGGAUGUCCUGCAGAAGCUGCCCGUGGGCACCACGGCCACACUCUACUUCCGGGACCUGGGGGCCCAGAUCAGCUGGGUGACAGUCUUCCUGACCGAGUACGCAGGGCCCCUUUUCAUCUACCUGCUCUUCUACUUCUGGGUGCCCUUCAUCUACGGCCACAAAUAUGACUUCACAUCCAGCUGGCACACGGUGGUGCACCUCACCUGCAUCUGCCACUCAUUCCACUACAUCAAGCGUCUGCUGGAGCCACUUGUGCACCGCUUCUCUCAUGGCACCAUGCCCCUGCGCAACGUCUUCAAGACCUGCACCUACUACUGGGGCUUCGCCACAUGGAUGGCCUAUCACAUUAAUCACCCUCUCUACACGCCCCCCACAUACGGAGCUCAGCAGUUCAACCUGGCACUCGCCAUCUUUGUGAUCUGCCAGCUUGGCAACUUUUCCAUCCACAUGGCCCUGCGGGACCUGCGGCCAGCUGGGUCCAAGCCCAGGAAGAUCCCAUACCCCACCAAGAACCCCUUCACCUGGCUUUUCCUGCUGGUGUCCUGCCCCAACUACACCUAUGAGGUGGGGUCCUGGAUUGGCUUUGCCAUCAUGACACAGUGUCUCCCAGUGGCCCUCUUCUCCCUGGUGGGCUUCACUCAGAUGACCAUCUGGGCCAAGGGCAAGCACCGCAGCUACCUGAAGGAGUUCCGAGACUACCCGCCUCUGCGCAUGCCCAUCAUCCCCUUCCUGCUCUGAGCCGCCCCCCUCCCAGGCUCUGCCAGG